AUGUCAAAUUCGCCGGCUAGUCACGAUAAUAAAAUGUUUACUUCUUGCUUUGUAUGCGUCCUCUCUGUGGUGAGCCAUGCCACGUUGGUGCCGACUGUCUAUCAUUUUCUGAGAAAACGCUACGUGUAUGAGGCAGCCAUGGGUAUCUUCGGCCUUACAGCAUCCCUCAUGUAUCACAUUUGUGAAGCAUUUGAUGUGGAGGUACUGAUGGACAACGGUGGGUGGCAUCGUGUGGAUAAUAUUCUUGUCAUUUCCCUCCUUGGUGCGUGGAGUGUAUAUAUGUGUGCGCUCCAUGAUCCAUUUGUGGAACGAUUUACAAAAUAUUCAUUAAUGAUGUUAUGCCUUAUAUUUCAAACUAGAGGCCCAUGGGAGGCGGUAAAUUCGGUAUUUCCCGCUGCUGUAUCGUUUUCAAUACCCAUUGGGGUGUAUGUGUACCGCCGGCGGAUCCCGGCACUCGAAAUUGGGCGAUUAGUUGGGUUUAUCCUCAUCAUGGCCGUUGCCGUUAUUUUCUUCAUAAAGGGCCUUGAUGACAAGAGGGAUCACUUCAGGAUGUAUCACAGCACAUGGCACUUCUUCUGUGGAAUCGCAUCAUAUUUGAUGUGGACGCUACUUAAGGUGCCAGGAGUAACAGGUGUAAUGGGAAAGAGCAUUCAUGUGUAA